AUGCGGAUUCAAUAUCGAGAUGAGACCCUCGACCUCGAGGAUGUUAACGACGAUACCAUCAGUGGCCUCGCUGUACGAUGCGCAGAGAGAAUCGGCGCCGACGUCGAGCGGGUGUCUCUCUUCUUCCUGCCGAAACCGGGCUUCAUCAAACACCCGUUUCCCGAUCGCAAACUGAGUGACUUCCUUACGCCUGCCACGCGCAUCAAAUUGGUUGGCGCCCCAAAGUCCGAGAUCAAGAAGUUGGACGACAUGGCGGCUACCAGCCGAAGGACAUCACGAGCCAGCACCGUCAAGCCCGUCCAGGCAAACAAGAGCCGGGAUUGGAAGAAGGUGCAGGAAGAAAGCAGGUACACUUUCCACGCUAUAGAAUCCCUACCAUACCUACCGAACCCGGAGAAGAGUCGAAGAUAUCUUGAGCGCUUGGCCAACGACCCGGGGAUCAAGGCAGCCAUGCGCAAACACCAAUUCAGCGUGGGGCUACUCACCGAGAUGAACCCGGCGGAGCAUACCACACACGAAUCCCGGACCUUGGGAUUGAAUCGAAACCGCGGCGAAGUGAUCGAGCUGCGCCUCCGGACGGAUCGGUAUGACGGAUACCGAGACUACAAGGUCAUCCGCAAAACACUCUGCCACGAGCUUUCGCACAACGUGUGGGGUGAGCAUGAUCGCAACUUUUGGAACCUCACCAAAGAGAUCGAGCAGGAGGUGGAGAGGAACGACACGCUUCACGGGGGCCACCGUCUGUCGAGUGAGGAAUUCUACAAUCCCGACGACGUGUAUGAGGACGCGGAGCAUGCAGACCACGGCGGCUGGACCGGUGGCGAUUUUGUGCUGGGGCGAUCCAACGAUGCUCCCGGCGAGGCUGGCUUGAGUCGGCGAGAAAUCAUGGCCCGCGCUGCCAUGAGCAGGCAGCAGAAGGAAAAGGAGGCGCGACAACGCCAGGAGCCAUCAUCUUCAGCAUGA